AUGAUUAAGAAAUCUCAGUUACUCGCCCAUGUGGAAAAUAACCUGGAAAGCAGGAUAAAAAUGAUGUUUCUGGCAAUUUUUGCUGCGGUUCUCACUCUGCACGUUUUCGUUGACGGAGAGCUUUUGAAACCAGGGCAAGAAUAUAAUUGCUACUGGGCAAUUGCUAACGCAAGUGAUAGAGUGUGUCGCAACCAUGAUCAAGAUGGAUUUUUCUUUUUCAACCUUCACACAUGUUCAGCUCGAUGUAGAUCUGGCCAGAUUGAAAGGCGACUACCUCCCAGAAUUAUUUGCGACCCAUAUCAUCUGUACCGAGUGAGGCAGGGCACCUUGGAUUGCCUGGGCGAUAUUGCUCAAAACGACAAACCCCUUGUAUGCACAGGCUGCACACGUCAAGUAUACGAUAAGCUGAGAAGAUGGCAGUCGGGGUGA